GAGCUAGGUUCCAUAUUGUUUUAGUUCACAGAACAUAUAUAACUUGUCUUAUUAUAGUUCCCUAGUUGAUUCUAUGCUGGCAGCACUCGCGCAAGUAACCAAAAUGCCUGUUGUCCACUAUAGCCUUACGACUCACUGAAUAUAGACAUCAUACACGUGAACAAGUGAAGGAAUGGUGAAUAUCCUAUCUUAUAUCUUCCACAAUGAGUGGGAAUCAAGUAAAGGGCCGUCUGAGAAGUAUGUAAACUUCAGAAUGUCUAUCUCAACGCUGAGGCGUACACAGUCACAUGUUGUGUCGAGAGAUUGUGAAGUCACUAAACAUCAUUCUGGCGUAGGAUCGAGUCUGUGCUAAUCAAGCAACUUUUGCUAAUUGUCAAUAAAGCAUCGUCAAAAAAGUAAUAUCUGUUGUCUCCUUUCGGGUAGUGGCAAAUUUUGACUAUCUGAUUAGUAUUGGGUGCUGUCGUAUUUAAGCUUCCUCGCUGGUGUUCUUGCUACCACGAGGAGAAACAUAGCCAUACAACAGAAUGGGCGUGUUUCUACCGAGGAACAAAAAUCCAACGUUCUCGUUUAUUUUACUGUUCUUUAUUCUGGUUCUACAAGACACUAACAUCUUGCCCUCGGCUGCUGCUACCAGAAGCAACGUUUACAUUGUUCACAUGGGAAAGAAGCAGCACGAUGAUCCAGAGCGCCUCACUGAACUCCAUCAUGAAACCCUUACAUCAGUCAUUGGAAGAGAAGAAUCCAUAGACUCUAUGGUGUAUAACUACAAACAUGGGUUCUCAGGUUUUGCAGCAAGGCUUACAAAAACUCAAGCUAAAAUGAUUGCAGAGUUACCUAAUGUUGUUCAAGUGAUGCCCAAUAAUCUUUAUAGGAUGCAAACUACCAGAAGCUGGGACUACCUUCAACUACCUUUACAUUCUUUCAAUAGUCUUCAGCAUCAAUCCAAGAUGGGAGAUAGUGCCAUCAUCGGCCUUCUUGAUUCAGGAAUAUGGCCAGAAUCUAAAGCUUUCUCCAAUGAAGGUAUGGGGCCAAUUCCCUCUAGGUGGAGGGGCGUCUGUGAAUCAGGAAAACUCUUCGACGCAGCAAGGAGCUGUAACAGAAAAUUGAUUGGAGCUCGUUAUUUUAUCAAAGGUCUUCAAGCUGAAUAUGGACAGCCAUUAAAUUCUACUGUGUUCCAAGAUUACUUGUCCCCAAGAGAUGCAUCUGGACAUGGAACACACACCUCCACAAUAGCUGCUGGCUUUUUCAUCAGUAAUGCGAGCUACAAAGGACUAGGUGCCGGAACAGUACGAGGUGGUGCUCCACUGGCUCGGCUGGCUAUGUACAAAGUCUGCUGGAAUCUGUAUGAUGGAGGAGUGUGUGCAGCUGCUGACAUAUUGAAAGCCUUGGAUGAAGCAAUACAUGAUGGUGUUGAUGUAUUAUCGCUGUCCAUAGCGUCUGAUCUUCCUCUGUAUUCUGAUGUGGAUGUGCGUAAUGGGAUCACCUUGGGGGCUUUUCAUGCCGUGGCACAUGGAAUUACUGUUAUUUGUUCUGCAGGAAACGACGGUCCAAAUGGUCAAACGGUGCAGAGUCCAGCACCGUGGAUAAUAACUGUGGCAGCAAGUACCAUAGACCGCUCUUUCCCUACGCCCAUAACACUCGGAAACAACUGGACGACAUUGGGUCAAAGCAUGUUUACGGGGAAGGAUACAGAGUUUGUCAAUCUGGUAUACCCUGAGGUAUCAGAAGAGCUCCAAAGUCCUCGUUACUGCGAUUCGCUCUCACCAGAUGACGUUUGGGUAAGAGGAAAUGUGGUUUUCUGCUUUGUCUUCAAUUAUCAAUAUUAUGCAGUGCAGGACGCUGCUCAGAUUGUCAGAAAAGCUGGUGCUUUAGGGAUUAUUGUGGCCAGGAAUCCCAGUACAGCACCGGUUGAUCCGUGUGAAAAUAAUUUUCCAUGCGUCCAAAUAAGCCACGAAAAUGGAAUGCAGAUACUCUACUACAUCCGUUCUACAAGGCGUCCUAGAGUAAAGAUUGGUCCUUCCAAAACACACACUGGCAGACCCGUGCCAACCCGCAUUGCAGAAUUCUCGUCGAGAGGGCCUAGUUCUGUUGCUCCUGCAAUACUUAAGCCAGACAUAGCAGCUCCUGGCGUCAAUAUAUUAGCAGCAGUUGCUCCCGACGAUGGUUCCUCACAAGAUACUGUCUUUGCUUUUAAUUCCGGAACUUCGGUGGCAGCUCCUCACGUCUCAGGCAUAGUUGCACUGCUCAAAUCACUACAUCCAAAUUGGUCACCUGCUGCCCUCAAAUCAGCCAUAAUAACAACAGCAUGGACAACUGAUCCCUCUGGGGAGCCUAUAUUUGUGGAAGGAGAACCAAUGAAGCUUGCAGAUCCAUUUGAUUUUGGAGGCGGGAUUGUGAAUCCAAACAGGGCAGCAGAUCCUGGUCUCAUCUACGACAUGGCCUCUGCAGAUUAUGUUCAAUACCUCUGUAGCAUGGGCUACAGUGAACCCAGCAUUUCCCUCCUGACGGAACACCCCAUCUCCUGCCCCACCAAACAGCCUUCCAUGCUUGACAUAAACCUGCCUUCCAUAACUAUACCAUCCCUUAGGAAGUCAACAAUCAUAGUAAGAACGGUCACAAAUGUAGGACCUGUCCACUCAAAGUACAAGGCUAUCGUAGAGCCUCCCAUUGGCAUAACCAUAGCUGUGCAACCGGAUACUUUAUGCUUCAACUCUACAGUAAAGGCCAUAGCCUUCAGCGUUGUUGUUUCCUCAAAUCACCAUGUGAGCACAGAAUACCUCUUUGGUAGCUUGAUAUGGCAUGACGGUAAGCAUGCGGUCAGAAGUCCUGUAUCUGUCAGAACUCAGAUCACAGAAUCCUAUAGCUGAUCAUUUGAAAUAAAAGUUGAGUAUCAGGUGGUUUGUGUACUUUAUGAUUAAGAUUUAUUAACUAUACAUUAAGAAACAAAUUUAGCCAUUUUAUUCCA